UUGAUAGGGUCAAUCGAGGACCGCAUCAAAACAAUAUGUAUUUUACUCCCUUUUGUUGAAUUUUUUUGCAGUUCUGCUCACCCUCUGCAAAGUGAGACGCUCACCUCAACAGUCCCUCUUCCGGAAUGCAGAUAUCAGGUUCUUUCUGGAGGGAAAAAUGGAACACCGUUGAAAUUUGCUUCAGUCGGCCAGCAAGUCUACCAUGAAUGGACUUGUGACCCAGACGGGAAAUUGGCGGGUGACUCUUCCUUUUGCGCUACUGUUCACUCAUGUAACGUCAGAGAGGAUGGAGGACGUGAGGUGCAGCUGCUUGACGAAAAUGGAUGUGCUGCAUGUCAACUAAAUUACAAAUUAAUAUUAGAAGUGUUCUCUCGAUCGCGAAAUAUUUGCGACGUUGAAAAACGUGACAAGAGGCAGAACUCCAACACAUUUAGGUACCUUCUAAACAACUUGGAGUACACUUCUGAUCUUACUGGAGGACAAUUGUCACAAGUAUUCAAAUUCGCCGACCAACCUUCGCUUUUCUUCCAGUGCCAAAUUCGCAUUAGCAUCAAAGAAGGCAGUACCUGCAAGCGCACAUCCGACGAAUGCCCAAAAACUUUGAGAGGGAAGCGAUCUACUGAAAUUGACGAAGACAAUAAUGACUCACAAAACGGGGAUAUCUGUGUUUCUCCUCUGGCGGCCGGAAGUAUUCUUUCAUUUUUUGCCUCAUCGCUUUUGGUUUGUGUGGUUUGCAUAGUCACUAUGAAUCGAAAAGGCAUCACUCACAUGAAACUCCAAGACUAGAA